AUGCCGUCCUUCACCAAGUUGCUGCCGUUUCUGGCAAGUAUUGCCUCGCUCUCGGAAUCCAAGCCUUUGAGCCAGCCAUCAAUCGUCUUUGCUCCUCUAAAAAGCACUGCUCCCGCAAGUGCGCAAAACAUCGUUGUCGACUAUUACGGAGAUGUCGAUGGUGAGCUUACAAUCACGUACGCGGCAUGUGACGAUGCUGCCGCUUCCAUCGUUUCCGCAAAGCAACGUAUAGGCCAGACACAUGUCGGCGCUCAUCCUUUGGCGAGACGCCACGAGGAACAUGAGAACAGGCGGCCAAACAAAUUCGUCUGGUUGACUCCAGCUGAGAUGUCUGGGGGCUGUCUUCAUGCCUUUCUCGAUGGAGAGCUCAUCGGAAAGUCCGACGAGCUUGUUGUCACCAAACGCUAUGCUCGCCGCCAGGAAAGGAAGUCGUUUGUUGAUGUCGCGGGAACUGACAGCAACUGGUUUGACGGCGUUGCUUAUUUGCAGCAAAAGCAGCCAGACGAAGUCUUUGUCGCCUCAGCCAAGAAUAAGUCUUUCGGUAUUCUAGGUGGAGGUAUCUCUGGACUUGCUACCUCAUUGAUGCUGGAUUCUGUUGGCAUUCACAACUGGAAGAUCAUCGAGUCAUCUCAGCGUAUUGGUGGUCGCAUUCGCACAGCCUACCUCAACGGCACUUCUCCCGAUGAAGGUCAAUACCACGAGCUUGGGCCCAUGCGUUUCCCGUAUGAGAUCACAGACUCUGAGACCAACGAGACCUUCCCCUUCAACGACCAGCGCAUGAUCUUCCAACUGGCUGACGUUCUUAACGAGCUCAACGCCGACAAGGAGGAGCUUCAUGUCAAGUUCAUCGAAUGGAUUCAGUCAUCUCCCAACACCCCAGCCGACAGUCCCUUCCGUCGUCCUGAUGGAACAAUUCCUAGCAAAACCGAAAUAGCGACCGACCCUGCGUACAAGAACACUAUCGCAUACGGCAAUGCCACUGCUGUUGAGGAGGCCAACGCCGCUCUCGAUGAGUUCAAGGGUCUGGACACUGAGCGCAUCAAGAUGUACGCCACCAACAUCUUCAAAGCUUACAAGCAAGCCAAGGACGACGGCAUGUUCGAUUACUCCGAAGUUGCGUACCUCCGCAACAAGCUCAAGUUUGAUCUCAACACCACUGACGAGGUUGGCCAAUCACACAUCUAUUGGCCCAUGUGGGAGUACGAAACCGUCUACUUCCUUGCGUCCAAAUGGGUAACAAUCAAAGGCGGACUUUCCAGAAUGCCCGCCGCCUUCGAGCCCCUCGUCAAAGACCGCGUCCAAUACGGCGCCAAAAUCAACGGGCUCUACUGGAACGAGAACAACAAGACGAUGUCUGUAUCCUGGAAGCCCACCGGCUCCGAGCCAUACUCAACCCCAGACAACAUCGAAAACUUCGACUACGUACUCAACAGCGUGCCCCUCAACCUCAUGAAAUUCUGGCACCUCCCGCGGUACUCCAGCCUCCUCAAACGCGCAAUCGACCGCACCCUCUUCGCCAACGCGUGUAAAGUAGCCGUGCAAUUCAAAACGCGUUUCUGGGAACACCUCGAGAAGCCCAUUAUCGGCGGAUGUACACGCCUCUACCAACCCAACUUGGGUCAAAUCUGCUACCCUAGCUGGCAAGUAAAUGCUACCGGCCCAGGAACAAUGCUAGCCUCCUACCUCUCCGACUACGAAGCCACAGUCGCAUGUGCGAUGCCCGAAGCUGAACACAUGGCGUAUAUCAAACGCGCGUUUAUCGAGAUGCAUGGCAAGGAAGUGGUAGAGGAGAACUGGACUGGCAACUACGAGCGUCAAUGCUGGGAGCAAGACGAGCACCAAGCCGGUGCCUUCACGAUGCAGAUUUUCGGACAGCAGCACUUGUAUCUUCCGGCGUUCUACCAGACGGAAUUCAAUACCGUGUUUAUUGGGGAGGCGGCGACGUUUACUCAUACGUGGAUUUUUAGUGCGUUGGAGAGUGCGACGAGGGGGACUGUUCAAUUGUUGUUGGAUAUGGGGCUUGUGGAUGAGGCGAAGAAGAUCACCGAGACGUGGAUGGCGAGGUUUAUUGAGGUUUAG